UAACGUCGAACCUGCGACCAUCCCUCCCUUCGUUUUACAAAAACAAAACAUGUCGACUGCAAUGAAUUUCGGGUCAAAGAGCUUUAGACCCCGACCACCAGACAAAGGGUCGUUCCCAUUAGAUCACUUUGGAGAGUGUAAAGCCUUCAAGGAGACGUUCAUGAAAUGCUUGCGAGACAGCAAUUUCGACAAUUCCAAGUGCCGCCUCCAGUCAAAAGCCUACCUGGAAUGCCGCAUGGAACACCAGCUCAUGACAAAGGAACCACUGGAAAAACUGGGAUUCAAAGACUUGGUGGAUCCUCCUCCGCCCAGCCAAGCAAACAAAGAUUGCAAACAUUAACAUGCUGCACGACCAAUGCACGGAUGCUGUUGUGGUGAGUCUAUCCAAAGACUUGUGGGUGUGAAACCUGGUACAGCAGUGUGAAAGACUAAAAAGUGCACAAGCAGGUUCGAUAGAAGGUUCCAGCUUUGAACACAUGUAUAUAAAAUGUCUAAUAUAAGAUGUUCUGUGUAAUAUAAGAUGUACUUUACCAUGUUAUUAAACCGUUUAUACUGGAACGUGUGUAUGACCAAAUUCAGUCGUCUGACAAAGGAACGUUGACGCGUUUAUUGUUCAUAUCGGGGCUCUAAUCUUUGUAGGCUUAGGUGUAGUGUAGCGCAAGUAUCUCUUUGAUGAACUGUAAGCAUGUCCCUGUUUUGUGGCGACGACAGAAAAGCUCAGGUUGAUGGGUCGCCCCUGUCAUAGUAUGCCCUAAAAAAAAAAAAAAACUUUUGAUAACUUUUAAUGUCCCAGGUGUUGUACAUUUAAAAGGUAGUAGGUCAUGUUCUGUUGGGUUUAGGAUGUGGGUUGUAAUGACAUGUUUGGAGGUGUCGGGGCGCUACACAUACCUGCCAUGUUUUGGUAGGUGCGACGUAUCACAAGUAGUUCUUUGAUGAACUAUAAGUAUAGCAUCUCCAAAUGUGCAGAAAAGGUCAAACUGUACCAUCAUGAGGUCACAGGUCACUUCCUGUUGGGUUUAGGCUGUGUGUGUUUUUAAAGUUUUGGUACGUCUGGGGUCGCUACAAGUGUGAGCCAAUUUUUGUAGGCCUAGGUAUGAAACGUACCGCGAAUGAGAAUGGAUUAGGGGCCGCAAAUGGCCCCCGAGUGGUAGGUUGGACACUGUAGGAUAAGUGCAAAAGUAUGGCCCAAGCAAAUUUGGGGAAAAUGGGCCAAGACUGUACCUUAAAAAGAUAAUCGGUCACUUCUUGUUGUAAUGAGGUAAUUGGUGGAUGAAAAAUAAAUAUAAGGCACUGUAACAGGAUUUGACACCCACGCUUCGCAUGCUGGCCCACCACCAGUUUGUAAAAUAAGGUAGCGGGCUGUGUUAAAAGUUAUUUUUAGUAUUGGGGAUUGAGAGAAAACGGAAUGGCAUAGUUUAAUGGAGUAGUGGAAGUAGUUGUACAUGACAUCCCCCUGCAUUGCGGCGUUAUGUGGCAGACCUCCACGUGAGUGCAAAUCAGCGAAAUAUAGUACAGUUUGUGAAAUAGACUUGAGACAGGUUUGUAUAACAUGAAUAAAGUGUCUUUUUUUGUGUCUAAACACUUGUAAGAACCUGUGAGUUGAUAUGUUAGUAUAACCUUUGUUGUUAUUAGUGGUCCUAGCUCAAGCAGUUAAAACCUAAGCAUGUCUAUUGAACUUAUUAAUGAAUGAACACCAUAUCACAUGCAUGUUAGUCAACUGGUGUAAAGGGUGGGCCCGGCCUCCUCAACCCACAAAGGGGGGCCGAGCCAGCGAGCCCGUCCAUUGAGGGACCCAACCAGGGGGAUGCCACCCAGGACCCAGGGCGUUCCCCAGCCCAACCAAAGCACCCCGACAAGUCCCAAAAGGAGGGGCACGUGUGCCGGACCACCGCCCCCUACGCCCAAUAACUCCCCCCCCAACCACCACUCAGCAGGCGCCACCACCCACAUCACCCCCGGAGAACAUGGGGGCCCCAGCCACCAACAGGGCCCAACGCAGGAGUCAGCCACGACCCGAAAAUGGUCAUAGCCCACCAAAAGCGAGCCCAUAUUAAAUACCCGUCGUGAGCAAGGACGGGCGAGGGCGCCAAGAGAUGGGAUAGGAAGACGGGGCCCCAAGCUGGGUCAGGGGGGCGGACCCCCAUCUCUCCGCGGCCCCACAACUGAAGGGGGGGGGGGGGGGGCACAGGCUCCAGGAGUCAAGCCAAGACUAAUGUGAAUACCCACCACCCACCCUAUUACUAUGGUUACCAGGUCCCCGACUGACAACCAUUAUCUCUGUACCGUGAUCAUGUGUGUUGGGGUGUCGUGCAUUAAAAUUGGGGAGACUGGUGGGGGUGAGAUGAGACGGUCACGGGGAAAUGGUGACCCGCAACCGCCCCCCUACCCUCACGCCUCCACCCAGACCAACCAGCUCCCCAAAUAAUGUGGUGCAUUAAAAUUCCGCGGGGGAAAAGCAUGGCGGGCCAGUGAGCAGAGUGGCCUCACCAGCCCGACACCGCCCUACCCCCACAGAUAGGUGUAUGAUGCAUUACAACUGGAGGACCGGCAGGGCAGAGAAUUGGGGGGUGGGGCUAAUUAAUAGACCAGAAACCAGCACAGACAUGCCAGUACCCAGCCCAGUGCCCGCCCCAUCCUGCCUUGUGCCAAUCCCCUGGGGACCCUGAAUGAGACGUGAAUUUGCCCAAUGUGCGAAGUAUGUACAGUCUGAGUACUAAAAAUGUGCAGAGUGUGUGUGAAGUACCCACCCUACAGCUAAUUCCCCCCCCCCCCCCCCUCCCCCUCCCCCAAAGACACCUUUCAGUCACAUUCCCAUACUUUAUACGUGAAAAUGGAUGGGUUCAAACCAAAGAUGCAAAAGAUGUGCAUUAGAUACAGAUUUAAUUACCUGGAAAUAAAAGUUGAAUUGUUAA